AUGAUCAACAAACUCGCUAACUACAGAGUAUUCACAAGAUUUGAUUUGAAGAGCGCAUAUCACCAAAUCCCAAUAAAAGCAUCAGACAAGAAGUACACAGGCUUUGAAGCAAAUGGAAAGUUGUAUCAAUUCUGUCGCAUUCCAUUUGGCGUAACAAAUGGUGUUGCCGUAUUCCAAAGGCAAAUGGACAAACUUGUAGUUGAGGAAGGUCUGAAAGAUACGUUUCCCUAUCUUGAUGAUAUUACGAUUGCCGGUCGUAAUCAGAGUGAGCAUGACAUCAACCUUAAGGCUUUCCUGGAUAUGGUUGAACGUAGGAAAUUGACUCUUAAUGACUCAAAAUCGAUCAUAUCAACCAGAGCUAUCAAGAUACUUGGAUACUUGAUUGAAGAAGGACCAAUCAAGCCUGACCCAGAAAGACUUUUCCUCUUCAGGAAUUUCCACCACCAAAGAAUCUCUCCUCUCUCCGUAGAGGUGGGAGACGCCGUCGCAUAUAUUUCCAGGACAUUACAGAAUAGUGAGUUGCGCUAUCCAGCUGUGGAGAAGGACGCCACUGCUAUUACUGAAGCUGUACGUAAAUGGAGCCACUUCCUGAUGCGUCGUCCAUUCACUUUGAUUACUGAUCAGCGUUCUGUAGCUUUCAUGCUUGACAAUCGUAGACGUACCAAAGUGAAGAACAACAAGAUACAGGGAUGGAGACUGGAAUUAUCCUCAUUCAGUUAUUCAAUAAAGUACAGGCCUGGAAAGGACAAUGUAGCUCCUGAUACCUUCACCCGUGCAUUUUGUGCCUCGGCUACCACUUCAUCAAAUCUCUCUGAUAUUCAUAUCCAGUUAUGCCAUCCAGGUGUUACUCGUUUGUUGCAUUUCGUCCGCUCCAAAAAUCUCCCAUACUCCACAGAUGAUGUCAGAAGAGUUUGUGCUUCGUGUAAAAUAUGUGCGGAGUUGAAGCCACAAUUCUUUCGUCCACCUACAGCUACCCCUAGCAAGGCUACGCAGCCGAUGGAAAGACUCAGUGUUGACUUUAAAGGACCACUUCCCUCUUCGACACGUAAUACGUACAUACUUACCAUUAUUGAUGAAUAUUCGCGAUUCCCGUUUGCUUUUCCAUGUCCAAACGUGAACACGGCAACCAUCAUUCAGUGUUUCAAUCAGUUAUUUGCACUGUGUGGUACACCAAACUUUAUCCACUCAGAUCGCGGUGCAUCGUUCAUGUCCCAAGAGCUCAAGACCUAUCUUUCUGAAAAGGGUAUUGCUACAAGCAGAACCACACCUUAUCAUCCCAAUGGAAAUGGCCAGGUAGAGAGAUUCAAUGGAAUUAUUUGGAAAAGUAUUCGCUUGGGACUUAAGUCACACAAUUUGCCUGAUUCCAACUGGGAAGUCAUGGUGCCGGAAGCUCUGCACUCGAUACGCUCACUUCUGUCUACAUCUACUAACACAACUCCCCAUGAGAGAUUCUUCAAGUUUCAGCGUCGCUCACCCAGUGGAACAUCAUUACCGUCAUGGCUGAGUGUUCCAGGCAAAGUCAUGCUACGUAGGUUUGUUAGACACACAAAAAUGAUGCCCUAG